AGCGACGCAAAUGAUGUCAUUUGUAAUUGUAAAGUUUUGUGCAUAUGGUCAGUUGAAUGAAUCUGUCAGAGUGAUCAUUUUAGUACGGUGAUAUAUUUCGACAGAAUUAAAGCGUGUGGACGCGUCGUGUUUUCACAGGAAAAUGGCAGAUGAUAUUGAUUUCUAUCGCCACUUACCUAAAGUGGAACUUCAUGCACAUCUCAACGGUUCAGUCAGCUCCGAAACUAUUGAUAAACUCAUUGCUCGCAAACCGCACCUCAACAUCCAACACAGUAUGACCGCUAUUCGAAGUGGUCAGCGCACACUUGAGGAGUGCUUCCAAGUGUUCAAGGUAAUUCACCAGUUGGUUGACACUGAAGAGGACAUUUUAAUGGUUGCCAAAGAUGUGAUAAAAGAGUUUGCAGAUGAUGGAGUGAAGUAUCUGGAGUUGAGGAGUACGCCUCGCGAAGACCCCAAAUCAGGAAUGACAAAGAGAAGAUAUGUGGAGACUGUUCUAGGAGCUAUUCAGCAGUGCAAACAGGAGGGUGUGGACAUCGACGUCAGGUUCUUGGUGGCUGUGGACCGCCGAAACGGCCCUGAGGUGGCCAUGGAGACGGUGAAGCUGGCAGAGGAGUUCAUGCUGUCCAGCGAUGGCGUGGUGGUGGGCCUAGAUCUCAGUGGUGAUCCAACUGUGGGCCAUGGCAGAGAUUUCCUUCCUUCUUUGCAAAGGGCCAAGAACAGCGGACUAAAACUAGCCCUCCACCUGUCUGAGGUGUCGUCUCAGGCAGAUGAGUCCGAGCUGCUGCUGGACCUUCCUCCCGACCGCAUCGGCCACGGCACCUUCCUCCACACAGACAUGGGCGGCACCAGCAGCCUAGUGGAGAAAGUCAGAAGGAAUAACAUCCCCCUGGAGUUGUGCUUGACCUCCAAUGUGAAAGGCCAGACCGUCCCCUCGUACGAUAAGCAUCAUUUUCAGCACUGGUACAAGCUGGGCCAUCCAUGCAUCAUCUGUACGGAUGAUAAAGGUGUCUUCUGCACCAGCCUGUCCCAGGAGUACCAGCUGGCAGCCUCGACCUUUGACCUCAGCAAAGAGGUCAUGUGGGACCUAUCCCAGAGGGCCAUUGGCUGCACCUUUGCCCCGCCGGCUGUAAAGGAGCGGCUGGAGCAGACCUGGGCAGAGCUUAGGCCUCGACUUCUACAGACUCCGGGUCCGUAGGUCUUCUAUGGUUCUUCUGCAGUGUACCUAGAACUCAGGAGGACCGCCGUCAGCACCUCGGGAAUCAGUGCCUGAGACCUGUUAGGGACGUGACCAGUAGGAGGCCAGAGUUGUUGUCUGAUGCUCUAUCAAGUGUUCCUUUCAAAGCACCAUAGUUGCUAGCCAGUUAGCAACUGAAUGGUUUGACAAUGGGUUAUUGCAUUGCAACCAACAAGUAGUGAACAUCGUUAUCAACUGUGGCUUUGGGGAGCGGACACCAGUAUGGGUCAGAUUCUCAGCUGUAAGACUGGAUGACUUUUCUGUAUUGUGUGCUGUAAUUUAGAAAUAUUUAUUUCAGGGAUGAAUCCACUCUGUGUGAAAUGUUUUUAAAACAUGAGCUGAUCUACCUCUGGAAUUCAUUUUGGAAUUGUGUGGAAGUUGCCUAAAAUAUUUUGCUUUGAUACGGUUAAGUUUUUAGUUUGAUGUUUUUAACAUUUGCUGAAGAAGAAUGUGUUACGGUUAGAAGAACAAGACGGUUUUGUUAUUCUACAAGAAAUGUCUGACUGAGUCAGGGGAGAAAUUUAAUUCUGUAUAAUUGCAGUUCUUCUUUAUCCCAGCAAGUGGCGCCAUUUCUCUAUGCCACUGUGGCAUGACGAGCAAGGUACGCCCAUGACAUCCUGAAGUUAUGUGUGUGUGUGUUCACCGGGAAAUAAAAGCGAUUUUAACCCA